AUGGAUGGAUUAAUUCCCAUGGUUUUGAAGUCCAUAAAGAAGAGAAAGACUCGCAGCAAGUACCAAUGCCUGUCUGCACCACCCAUAACUCACACUUACAACAUAGAAGAUUUCUACAUGAGUCAGAACGUGGGCCAGGGCCCAGACCGGAUUUCGGGCUUCCGUGGGGCCCAUUACCGGAGGUACAACUCAGCCCACGUAGGUGGCCGCAGUGGUGAGGAUGAUAAGUCUGCUGCUGAUUCGAAGCCCAAGAAACUUGUGAGGUUUAGGAGUCACAGGUUGUUUUCUUGUGUCGGUGGUGCUUAA